AUGUCAAAUCAACAAAAACAAUUGCAAUUACCAUCGGCAUCAAUAAAAAAACCAAAAGAAAAACAAAAAUCACAAAUAGUUAGAAUAAUUCAAAGUAAAUUCAAGGAUUAUCAAUAUAUGUUUUUAUUAAUUAAACUUUCAACCUAUUCAAAAUUUGAUCAAGAUGAUGAUUUUAAUACAUUCCUUUCAUUUCUAGAAUCAGAAUAUAAAUUUUCCAAACAAUUAUCUAGUAAAGAAAUAGUUUUGUCACUUAGAUAUACAAAAAAUACAAAAAUUACACCAUAUAUUAAUCAUUCAAAAUUUGAAACUGAAAAAAAAAUUUCAUAA